AGAGCGCGCCGGUUGUUUGUAACUUGCAACAAGAUGGUGUCACUUACCGAGGAGACAAUUGGGUCGUGCAAGGACCAGUCUGUGAAGAAGUACACCUGGCACACUCCAUCAGGGUUCUCCGUCUCUGUCAUAUCGUAUGGCGCCAUCAUACAAGCCAUCAGGGUUCCAGACAAACACGGUGAGGUAGCGGACGUGGUCCUCGGCUUCGACAACCUCCAAGACUACGUCAACAAAAACGAGCCGCACUUCGGCUCCACCGUCGGCAGAUGCGCCAACAGAAUAGGCGGCGCGAGCUUCGAGAUUGACGGCACCACCUACACCCUCGCCAAGAAUAUUAGCGGCAAAGAUCAUCUUCACGGCGGCAUCAUUGGCUUUGACAAGGUAAACUGGGAGUCAUCAGUGAAAGACAACACGGUGGUGUUCAGCUACCUCUCUAAAGACGGCGAGGAGGGUUACCCCGGCAACCUGAUAACCAACGUCAUAUACGAGGUUAAAGACGACACCCUGUAUGUCAAAUUCAUGGCGACCACCACCAAGAGGACGGUGGUCAACCUCACCAACCACUCGUACUUCAACCUGGCCGGACACGCCGCGGGUGCCAGGGAGCUGUAUGACCACGUGAUCAGCAUUAAUGCUGAUAGAAUAACUGAGACGAGUGCGGCUUCGAUCCCAACGGGUCGUUUCACCAACGUGGGCGGUACGCUGUACGACCUGCGUAUACCGACGCGGCUCGGCGACCGCAUGGACAAGGACCCUAAGCUGUACGAUGACAACUUCUGCGUCACUAAUUAUGAUAAGGGGCUGAGGUUCGUAUCGCGAGUCCACCACCCAUACUCCGGUAGGUUCCUGGAAUUAUACAGCGACCAGCCCGGCGUCCAACUGUUCACAUCCGACAACUUGCCCGGUCCGAACGACCCAGCACUCAUCGGCAAAGACGGCGAGGGUUACAGAAGACACGGCGCCUUCUGCCUCGAGACACAGAACUUCCCAGAUGCCGUGCAUCAUCAGAACUUCCCGUCCGCCAUACUCAGCCCCGGGGAAGUAUAUACGCACACGGUGACGUACAAAUUCGGCGUGCUCAAAGAUCGAAGUCCCGAGGUGGUUAUUUCCUAAUGUAUACAUGUUUUUUUAAUUAUUUAUUAUUUGAUAUAACAAAACUUUGGUUUAAGCCUAGAAAUCGCCAAACUUCUUCGUCAUCGCCAAACGUUGCCAGACUUCGUCACGGUGUUUGUGCGCGUGCGACUAGUCGUAUGCGAAUUAUAAUUGCAUAAAUUGAUCAAAAAUGCUAUGCCGCGGCAGUCCCCGAGUGUCAUACGUAUUUUUUAUCUUGUUUUUUUUUCAGGAUAAUUGUAGGAAUCCCAAUCCCACUGACGGACACUCACACUUAUGACAGUUGCUUGGGAAGUCAGAGUCUAAUCCUUUAAGGGCAGUGGGAAGGAACUGUUAAAAUUUUCCUGCAGUGGACGAGAUUCCUACAGUUAUCCUUGAAAAAGUAAGAUUUAAAAAAUCUUUAUACUUUUUAAUAUUCGCUCAUUUGGUACAACAACGCCGUAAUUACACUUUUACAAAUUUUACAGGAGACCCAAUCAAAGAUUCGUAUCCAAUGUAUAGC